AAAAAUAGGUUAAAAGGAGAAUUGAGCUGGCUUGGUGAUCCCUGCUCCAUCAGAGGUUAGGGUUUGGCAGAGAACAGAAAUUGGGAAAUUCCUCAAUCUUUUGAACUCGUCAAGUGCGUGCAACACUGUACAAUAAUCUUCAUCGUCCUUGAAAUUCCCAAUCCCCUGUAGUGGUAGUAAGUUGCUAGCAAUCGAGAAUGGGAGGGCACGGAGGUCUCAACAUUCUCCCCCAAAAGCGAUGGAACGUUUACAAUUUCGACAACAGAGAGAAGGUCCGUCGCGACGAAGAGCAAGCCGCCAGGGAGGAGCAGCUCAAGCGUGAAGAGACCCGGAAGCGCGACGCCGAGCUCCGCCUCGACCGACUCCGCGUCGCUCGCGGCUUGGCGCCGUCGAUUCCGCCGCCUCCCGAAUCCGAACCUCAGCCUUCCUCCCGCUCCGAACCCGUGCCUUCCUCCGACCCUGGCCACAUCAACCUCUUCGAGGGGAUCAACAUUUUUGACCCAAUUCAGAAGGACGGUGCUGCUGAAAGGGAUUGGGCGAAGAGGAGGAAGAAGAUUGAGAAGGGAGGAGGACCCAAGCCCAAGCCCACAGUUUCUGUGGGCCCGGAGGAUGAGAAGUAUAGGCUGGGCUAUGGGCUUGCGGGGAAGGGGGUUCAGUUGCCGUGGUAUCUUCGGAAGCCUGAUGGUGAAGGUGUCGGUGAUGAUAAUAAGGAUGAAGGUGGUGACGUGGAUAGGAGAGAAAAUAAGGGUGAGAAGAAGAGGAAGACUAUGGAGGAAUUGAGGGAAGAGAGGUUGAAAAGGGAGAGGAAAGAGAAGGAUAGGGAGAGGGCUUUGAGACACGAGAAGAUGCAGAGUCACAGAGAUGGUUCUGGUUAUGGCAGUAGGAGGAGGUUCACCAGAUGAACAUAGGUUUUUUGUGUUCUUUUUCUGAACUGAUUUUUGUUUCUGAAGUUUCAUGUAAUUGGAAGUUAUGCAAUUUGGAUUCAGUAGUAUAUUGUAUAAGGGAAGAUAGGUUUAUAUAGUUAAUCAAAGUGGUUUGGUUUUCUUUCAUGAAGUUAUUUUAUGAGCUGAUGCAUUGAUACAUACACAGAUGAUUCCUUUGUUGAGAAAAUUCCAAUGCAGAAGUUGCUAUUAGCUGGCAGUCUGUCUAUGCUUGUAUGAUUUUCAAUCAAGGUUUCGCAGCUUUGUUGUAUUUCUUGAUAUUGUGGACAAAUGAUGCAGCCACAAUUGCAGUUGUGUUA